GGUAACUGUAAGUACUUUAACCAGAAAUCGAAUUGCCAUGAUCUCCACUAGAAUAUUUCUAGUUAUACUUGUAAUGACUGUGAUUAAUACUUUCGUUUCCGAAAUGACAGUGGAUGCCAUUAGACGCUACUGCGAUCCUCGGGUCUGUGAUAGAGAAUGUCUUGAAAAAGGAAAAUAUUUUGGACGCUGCUUUGAGGAUAUCUGCAAAUGUACCUAAUGAAAAUGAUAAAACAAAAUAAAUAUAGCAUUGUAUGAAAAUAA